UACUGAUACUGAGAGACUGAUACUGACAUACUGAUACUGAGAGACUGAUACUGACAUACUGAUACUGAGAGACUGUGUGCUGUCUCCUGUCACACUCUGCGGUACUGAGGUGUGGGGGGCUUCGCUUGUGUGUCUCUGCGGUGAGCGGGGGAGCUGUAUGUGAGCCGUCUCAUCAGUGCAGAGUCUUGUCAGACUGGCCCUGCCUGCAGAGCCCUGAUGGAUGUGAAAGAAGCAGAAGAGCUGAGCAGCCCCCAGCCAUUGGCAAUUCAAGCUUUUGCAAGUGGAUCCACACUACAUGGCCUUGCUCACAUCUUCACAUAUGAGCGCUUCUCCUGUCGAAGGCUUAUCUGGAUACUGUGCUUCCUGGGCUCCUUAUCUCUCCUGCUAUUCGUCUGCACAGAGAGGAUCAUCUAUUACUUUGAGUACCCACACGUCACCAAACUGGAUGAGAUUUCUACUCCUAAAAUGAUCUUCCCAGCGGUGACCUUCUGUAACCUCAAUGAAUUCCGCUUCAGCCGUGUGACGAAAAAUGACCUGUAUCACGCAGGGGAGCUGCUCAGCCUGCUCAACAACAGGUAUGAACUCCCUGAUUCACAGUUGGCUGAUGAGAAAGUGAUGGAAAUACUACAGGAUAAAGCCAACUUCCGCAAUUUCAAGCCAAAGCCAUUUAAUAUGCGCGAAUUUUAUGACCGAACAGGACACGACAUUCGGGACAUGCUUCUGAAUUGCAAGUUUCGAGGAGAGGAAUGCAGUGCUGAUAACUUUGUUCCCGUCUUUACCAGAUAUGGGAAAUGCUAUACUUUUAACUCUGGGCGCAAUGGACCUCCCUUAGUGACCACAAAAGGGGGCACAGGGAACGGAUUAGAACUGAUGCUGGACAUUCAGCAAGAUGAGUAUUUGCCUGUUUGGGGUGAGACAGAUGAAACAUCCUUUGAGGCUGGAAUUAAGGUUCAGAUUCAUAGCCAAGAUGAACCUCCUUUCAUUGACCAGCUGGGGUUUGGUGUGGCUCCUGGAUUUCAAACCUUCGUCUCCUGCCAAGAACAACGGCUAACCUACUUGCCCCCUCCAUGGGGCGACUGCAAAUCCAGCGCAAUGGACUCCGAGUUUUUUGAUACCUAUAGUAUCUCUGCCUGUCGGAUUGACUGUGAGACCCGGUAUUUAGUGGAGAACUGUAACUGCCGUAUGGUGCACAUGCCAGGAGAUGCUGCGUACUGCACCCCGGAGCUGUACAAGGAAUGUGCUGAUCCAGCACUAGAUUUCCUGGUGGAGAAGGAUAAUGACUUCUGUGUAUGUGAGACUCCAUGUAACAUGACUCGCUAUGGGAAGGAGUUGUCCAUGGUGAAAAUCCCCAGCAAAGCCUCAGCGCGUUACCUGGCCAAGAAGUACAAUAAAAGCGAGCAGUACAUAGCGGAUAAUAUUUUGGUUUUGGAUAUCUUCUUUGAAGCCCUAAACUAUGAAACCAUCGAACAGAAGAAAGCAUAUGAGGUGGCUGGACUUCUGGGUGACAUUGGAGGACAGAUGGGCCUGUUUAUUGGAGCAAGUAUUCUGACUGUUCUCGAACUCUUUGAUUAUGCCUACGAGGUGCUGAGAUACAAACUCUGCGGAGGAGCAAAAUGCGGGAAGGACUCAAAACGCAACAAUAACGAUAAAGGAGUAACGCUGAGUUUGGAUGAUGUAAAGCGCCAUGCUCCAAUUGAAGGUGUAAGAGGUCACCCAGCAGGAAUGAGUUACACAGCCAACAUUCUGCCUCACCAUGCAGUGCGUGGUGCCUUUGAGGACUUUACAUGCUGAGAUCACAUCUGAGGACAGACGAGAGAGCAAAGUCUUCUUCUAAAAUUGACCAAGAACAUGAAUCACAGAUGAAAGAGAGAGAGAGAGAGCCCAAGAGUCUUUCUCACAGCUUACACAACACAUAUUGUCCAUUGUAGAACAAAAAGAAGGAAACUGAUCAGCCUGGAGAGUGUGAGACAACUUGACUCAAAGUAAUACCUAACUGAACAAGAUGCUUUCAUGGGUGCUCAUGAUUACAACUUGAAAAAGAGUACCCUAAAGCAAGCCUUUUGGAAUAACAGAGAUCAUGGUUUCAAAAAAAUGCACAAUUAAGCAUACAUACCUAAAGACAGCCCAAACUUCCAACAAAUGUUGAGCUCAGAACAUGAUUGAAACCUAACUUCCGGCACAAUAAUAACCAUACAUUUAUGGCAUGGCUUACCAAACCCAUUAAUAAAUUAUUGCCAAAACCAAAAUAUCUAUGUAUUUAGUGAGGCAUGAUGAUACAAAGGAAGAUAAUAUGGGAUGCCUUAGGCAAGCAUAACCAAAAGCUGUAAAAGCACAAAUGUAGUUGUGCCAAAUCCACAAGGAAUACUUAAAAUUGUGUAGCUCAGUGAGGCUUGGGUAGUAGCUCUUGGGGAGUAAGAGUGUGCUCCAUGAAACAGAAAAGAAGAUUCAAGUAGGACUAUGACUGUGCAAAUAAGGAGAUUAGGAAGGUCCAUGUUAGGAGGUACAUGAUAUGGGACGGAUAUAACAUCAUCUAGAUAAACAAUGUCUCUUUUACGAGGGAGGAUAUCCCACAACAGAACCUCAGAACAUUUGGUAUAUUCACAAGUACAGCAAAAUAAAUUUUGAGGACUGCUUAUACAGUACAAAGAAGCCAAUGUUAUUAUGUACCAAGUUGAUGAUCCAACAGAAGGUAGCUAAAGAAGCUGAUUUAGUAAGUUUACAAGGAUCCUAACCCAAAAAAACAUCCAAGGAUUCUGCACUUUACAUUGUGUUUAACCAUGAACUUCAGAUGGACGUCUGAGAAAGAGUAAUGAAAAUACAGCAAACAAAGGCAUGAGAAAAUUUGGGCAGUAAGUGUUAAGAGCUAACUCUGAUGUUCAGGCUGCACAUGGUAUAAAACUGCACCAUCUACUGCAACUAAUUCCAAAAUGAAUGGUUUCCUCCCUCCUGAAAUCUAAAUUCCUUUAACCUAUUCUUUCCCAACAAUUUAUUGGCCGUGGCUAUGUUUGUCUCCUAGAAGCCUAUAGUCUUCACUCUGAUAGAUUAAGAGCAUUUCCUUCUGUCGUAUCUGUGAUCUCUAGUCAGAUAUACCUGGAUGUGUGGCAUGAGCUGUUCAGAUUGAAACAAUUUCCAUAUAUUUCCAAGGAUAUGGCCAAUGUCUUAUUAUGGAAAUCCCUUUACUAAUUAGGAUGACUGUACUCUUUCUACUGAGUGCAUGACAAGUUCGCUCUCUCUUCUUUUGACCUCAGAGUUGACCUCAUUUUCUCAAAUUCCUGGUAUUUACCCUUCUGAUCUUCUGGAACUGGAAACCUAUUUCUCUUCAAGUCGUAUCUUUGUGGCAUUUUCAAAUCCUAUAUCGACGUGAACCUAACACGUGAGCUUUCUGAGCUUGAGGGUUAUUUGAAUAUUCCACACAAGUCCAACGCCUUUAAUUGUCCAGUUCGAGAGCAAAUGAUUGUCCACAAAGUGGCCUUUGAGCCUGAAACGGGGUGCUAAAGAAUUACCACUUAGUUGUUCAAAUGAAUGGAACUUAAAAGAGUUUUGUGGAACUUUAUAAGAGUUUACAAUCCAUGGCCGCUUUGGUUAUACUAUUGAGAAGUCAGGGUGUGCCCGUUUGGGAGUUGGGGACUUCAUGAACCAGGAACUCUUGUCUCUGAUCCCAGGAGGUUUGAUCACUGUGACCAUAAUGUGAAGAGACACUGAACUAACUGGUAACAGCCGCACACACACACAUACUUGUGGCUGCAGCCUAUGACUUCAUUACACUCAGUGGACUCAAAAAUACAUUUAUAUUCCUGGGCUUAAUUUAAUCUCACCAGGAAUUUACUUUGCCUUUCUUUUUACCAUUAUCAUAUCUGACAUCUAAUCACCCCACAACAAAAACUAAACCAAACAUGCUGAUAUAUAUAUAUAUAUAUAGAUAUUCAAUACGGGUCUAAUGUUUUCGUUCUUGUUGUUUUGGGUUAUUUUAUUGCUUAGUAGAUAUGUAUCAGGACCAUAAACACAAUGUGCAAUGACGUGUUUCUCUAAAAAAAAGUUAUUUUUAUAAAGUGCCAAACAUUAAUUUCAGUGCUGUUCAUCUGAUUAUAUACUCUCUUCUUUUAGGCCAUGUGUCACAAUCUGCAGGUCUUAAUAGCAAUGAACAAAUUUGAUAUUGAAGGGCAAGUAAGUCAUGCAAACCACUGGAUUAUUUGCCUACUUCUUCCACAUGUGUAAGUAAAGCAGCCUCUGGCAGCAGCUUGCAGCCAAAACGAUAAUAUAAUUCCAAUUAAAUCACUGUCCCCUGGAGCAGUACUCAGUUCACAGUAGCAAAGAUGAGUAAAUGACACUGAGUAAAGUAGGAAGCAAGUCACCCAUGUGCAGAAAGCAGAGCCUAACCCAGAAAGUACACCUCCUAUCAGAUGAGGCAAGAAUGUUAAAACAAAAGGCACUAUGACAUUGGCACAGCCAUGGAAUACAACAAAGGUUUAAAAGAAAUCUCGACCCUCAAAACAAAUUGUUGUAAAAUGUGUGCUCUUCUGAGCGUUAUUAUUUUUAUUUAGUAAUCAAGAUAUUAAAGGGGACCCGUCACCCAAACAAAAUUAUCCAAAUCCUAUUUUAUCAUGUUAGUCAA